AUGGACGAAGAGACCGCCGUGUGUGCAGCAGUUCUCGCCGCGGUGACAGCUGCUCUUACACCCUUCGACGGCCGCAGCAACCGUGGACCCAUUGAAAACAACUUCGUUGUUCCAAACAACACGUGGUUGCUUGUGAAAUCUACGACUUCCCUCAAUGCAUGGUUCACGCGGCACCUGCGAUGCCCUCGACCCACGUUCAAUCGAAUUGUGGACUCCAUUAGAACGGCAUGGCCAACCGUGCACCCUGCUCUCCACCACCUCAACCGCUUUGGCAUUGAUGACCGCGUAGCUUGCACCCUUCACUACCUCACUCACUCAGACGGCUACGAGUCGACGGCAGAAUUGUUUGGCAUCUCAAAGACCAGAGCGUACGAGUAUUGUAAUCAAGUGUUUGCUGUUGUUCAACUCUGUUUCGUGUUGGAUACCAUCUCGAUGCCAACGACACACGCCCAGUGGGAGGACAUCAGAACAGGGUUCGAAGCGUAUGGAUUUCCCAAUGCCUACGGCGCCAUCGACGGCAGUUUGAUAUCAAUAAAACGAUUUGAAGACUUCACUGGGUGGUACUGCCGCAAGGGGUUUCCAGCAUUCAAUAUGCAAGCUGUGGUUGAUCAUCGGAUGAAAUUCAUGUCAUACUCGUUGCGCUCUGGAAGUCAGAACGACAAGGCGCUCUUUAACCACUCGGUGUUUGGAAAAACGUGCCACCAAAGAGUCCCUGGGCGUGGCUGCUUUCUUGGCGACGCUGGGUACAAGCUGUAUUCACACCUCAUGACCCCAUACACGAUUUACUCGGACAUGCCCCAGGACGAAGCGCACUACAACACGAUCCACAGUCGCAGCCGCAUGGUCGUCGAGCGCGCAUUUGGGCUUUGGAAGAACAAGUUUCGUGUUUUUAAGACUGAGCUGCUCCAACAUCGACCGAGCGACAUGGCGCGCCUGAUUGAAGUAUCCUUGGUGUUUCAUAACUGGUUCAUUGAAUUCAAUGAGGAGUUGGAUAACUUCGAACCCGAGUUCUUCCCCGAGUGGAUGCACAUCGGUGGUGACACAGUCUUCGAUGAGGAGCUGAACCAAGUCGAUGGUGCACCUGCACCAUCGACUUGGUUCAGCUUGAUCAAGUUGUAUUUAAUCCAACAUGUUAGUAUAUAA